UCCGAGCGCCUGACAACUUGCUCAAAUUCAUCCUUGCCCCUGCACCAAUGUGACGUGGGCGAUCCAGGCCGACAUGUCGAGAGGAAGUACCGGGUACUUUCCGUGUGAGCCCUACCCAAGAAGACGGGUGUGCCGCAUAUAAGCUGUAAUCGCAGACGAAGUGAAGUGCGGAGGGGGGUACUUGGCUCGAGUUCAUGUCCUGUUCGACCGGCAACACUUGAAAGAACGCGGAAAUUGGGCCUUUUGAGACAAUCAGAGCGAAGAUGGCGUCCGACAACCAGACCGACGGGAAACAAAAUUACCACAUCGGCUACAAGGAGGACACCCUGAAAGCCUUUGAGCUCCGGAAUGUCACGACCUGUCUGAGCUACCUUGUCCCCACCCUCGAAUCGCUCCCGCCAACAUUUACGCUGCUGGAUGUCGGUUGUGGCCCGGGGAGCAUUACCUUUGAUCUUGCCCGACGCUUCCCCCAAGCUAAGAUUAUCGGCGUGGACCUGGGCAAGGAGGUCAUCGAGAGGAACAAUGCCAACAUCCCCCUUUAUGCGCCCGGUACUGGCAUUGAGUUCCGGGCGGGCAACAUCCUCGAGCCCGGGUCUCUCUUCUCGCAGGACGAACUAGCGGUGGGUUUCGAUGUGGUGCACGAGCACACGACACUCAUCUGCAUCCCCAACAACACCGGGGUCCUCCGUAUGAUGAAGCUGCUUGCGAAGCAGGAUGGGGGCAUCGUGGCCUGCCGCGAGGGAGACACCCACUCACAACUGCUAUGGCCGCCAUGCCCAGAGAGCGCGGAGCUACAAGAGCGCAUUUACGAGAUGAACGGGCUGGACACGCAAACGGGACGCAAGCUGCUCAGCAAGGCCCUCGAAGUCGGCUUCCGUAGGGACCAGAUCACGGCCUCGGCCAGCGUCUUGAGCAACAUUACGGCACCGGAAAGGGAGCUGUAUGCGGGGUCUAUGAUCACAAUGCUCGCCGACGAGAACUCCCAGUACCGCAGGGCGGCCGCCAAGUUUGGGUACACCGAGGCCCAAAUAGAGGUCUUGCGGGAAAACAUGCGGAGGAUGAUAGCGGCCGACGACGGUUGGAGGCUACUCAUUUGCACAGAGGUCAUCUGCAGGCGUGACGAAGCUACAUUAUGAUGUAUGCUGCGCUGCGGGUAAGGUCUCGGAGACAACUCUGGCCUUGAUAGUCACAAUACCAAGAGCAGCUGUUCUGGCCACACUCAUUUUGCUUGGGCCCAGUGUUGUCUCAGGUACAUGUACAUGUACAAUGCCUGUACUGCCGGCAUGGUGGCGCGCGGGUUGGCCCCCCGUGAACCGAAGCGGGGAUAAAUUAAGAGGUCUUGGCCCCUGACAAGAACAAAUCCGAAUCCCACGGCGGCCCGUGGUGCGCGUUGAUGGACAGACCCCCGUUACCCA